UCGACUCCGGUUAGAUCGCGCAUGCGCACUAUUUGUUCCGCUAGGAAUUCACCAUUUUUUUAUACAUCCAUUGGCCGGUGGACAGCAUAUCGGCUAGCAAAGCAUGGCAGAUGGAGAGGGUUUUGUGGUGCGAGUGAGAGGAUUGCCUUGGUCCUGUUCAUCAGAUGAAGUCCAGAGAUUCUUCUCAGAAUGCAAGAUCGCAAACAACGGCACGAGCAUACACUUCACCUACACGAGGGAAGGGCGGCCGAGCGGAGAGGCGUUUGUGGAGUUCGAAAGUGAGGAAGAUCUGAAGAUUGCCGUGAAGAAGGAUCGAGAAACCAUGGGACACCGUUAUGUAGAAGUCUUCAAAUCCAAUAACGUGGAGAUGGACUGGGUCUUAAAGCACACCGGGCCUAACUGUCCAGACACAGCAGGUGACGGCCUGGUCAGGCUACGAGGUCUGCCGUUUGGCUGCAGCAAAGAGGAGAUUGUUCAGUUUUUUGCAGGGUUGGAAAUCGUGCCAAAUGGGAUAACAUUGCCGGUGGACUUCCAGGGGAGGAGUACGGGGGAGGCCUUCGUGCAGUUUGCUUCACAGGAUAUAGCUGAAAAGGCUCUAAAGAAACACAAGGAAAGAAUAGGGCACAGGUACAUAGAGAUUUUCAAGAGCAGCCGUGCAGAAGUGCGUACGCAUUACGAGCCGCAGAGGAAGGUGAUGGGAAUGCAGAGGCCGGGACCCUACGACCGGCCGGGUGGCCGCGGCUACAACAGCAUGAGCCGCGGGGUCUCGUUCGAACGUGUGCGCCGUGGAGGAUACGGAGGAGACGGCCGUUACGGAGACGGCGGUUCCUCUUUUCAGAGCACGACUGGCCACUGUGUGCAUAUGAGAGGCCUUCCAUACAGAGCCACAGAGACCGACAUCUACAACUUUUUCUCUCCCCUGAACCCGGUGCGUGUGCACGUGGAGAUCGGGCCCGACGGGAGAGUAACCGGCGAAGCCGACGUAGAGUUCGCUACACACGAAGACGCCGUGGCCGCCAUGUCAAAGGACAAAGCCAAUAUGCAGCAUCGUUACGUUGAGCUGUUCCUGAACUCGACAGCAGGGGGCGGCAGCGGCGGAUAUGGAGGAAACCAGUCGUCUUACGGGCACGGAGGUCAGCAGAUGAGCUCCGGGUACAGCGGCGGUUACAGCAGCCAGAGCAGUAUGGGAGGAUACGGUGAUUACAGUAAUCAGGGCGGAAUGGGGAGUAGUUACUACGGCGGGGGAAGCCGCGGCUCGAUGGGGAUGAACGGCCUGAACAGCAGCAUGGGUGGAGGCUGGGGCAUGUAGCUACCUACACCUGGCUUCGAUCUCCACUUCAACUCGGAUUUAAUGUUUCACCGUGAUUUCAUUUGCUUUCUUAGUGCGACAUCCUUCUUCUUCGUCUUCUUUUUUUUUUUUUUAAAUUGCUCUCAAACUUUUUACUUUACUAAGUGAAACCCUUGUCCCAACUGGAUUAUUACAGUUUUAUUUUUUUUGUAUUAAAGUUCUGGACGUUACUUCAGCUGUGGAAAAGUUGCCUGCCAAUUAGUUGAAAUGUAUUUAUAUGCACAAUGAUGAUGAUGUUUCUCUCCUGAUUGGGGCAGGGUUUUGGGUGGGGGGGUAUUUCUGGUUUCUAGUGAGAAGCUGAGUAUGUUGUACUAUUGUAAAGCAUGUUUGCAGGAGUGCAGAGGGAGCUGUAACUGUAACGUUAAAUACUUGCAUGCGAUGAUAGUGUUUUGAUCGUGUUGCUCUUCUCUCUCUCUCUCAACUGUAAUUUUUUUGUAGCGUGAUGCGAGAAACGGAUCGAACGACGUCCGGUUUUCAUUUUUGCACAGACGAGCUGAUAUUUUUGUGCUGGGGCAGUGUUUAUUAAAAUCUGUAUCGUUAUAUGAA